UAAUAAGUGUUGUACGCAAUGUUGUUAAGUGACACGCAACAUAUUCAAUUUGUCAAAUUGAAAUACUACGUAGCCAAAAUCAAAUAUCAUAUAUCAUCUCGUUUGAUUAAUAACCUAAGAACACAACACCUUACAUUAUUAUGUAAGCUAUCUACGUGAAAACCGUACUAUGUUAUGUUUCACAUCUUAAACACACUCUAUAAAUUUAGGAUUUCUUAUAGCAACAUUUUCCUUUACUCAAGUCGAGAACGGAGAGCUUUUCCCAAGUUAAAAUUUGUUAUGGAUCCAACAAAGAAGGGGUUAGUUGAACAAAAUAAAAAUAUACGAACCACAAACACAUAUAAGAGAGUCAAAAAUGUUAUAACAGCUAAUUAACGACCUUCGAUCCUAUUUGACCGUGGGAUUUUACUUCUCCCAUGUAUAAAGUAUAAACCCCAUCACCCGUGUAGAACCCUCAUUCAUUGAAGCAGAACAAAGAGGGAGGAGGAACACUGACGAACACCAACAGACCAAAACAAAAAUGGUGGCUUCAAUGAUUUUCGCUCCGAUCUCCGCCAAACCCUGGAAUUCGACUGCAGCAGCUUGUUUCCGACCCGACCCAGUUGCCCCAUUCCGCCGCAGAAUCAUCGCCGGCUCCAACUACCCAUCUCCCUUAUCCACUACAGCAUUCUUCCCUCUUCAGCAUUCCGCGGCUCAUCAGAUCAACAAUCUCAGGCUCAGUCACAGAUUUCCCCUUUCUUUGAAAGCUUCUUCUUCUUCUUCAGUUGGAACCACAGAAUACUUGGAGGAACCUACAACCAAUGUGAAAUUCCCGACGUCCUUGAACGUGCCAGGUUGCUCAUCAAGCUCGCUAUCGUUGCUCGGAACUGGAUACAGGGAGAAGGUGUUUGCCAUCAUUGGGGUCAAAGUGUAUGCUGCGGGACUGUACGUUGAUCAAUCCAUCUUUACCAUAUUGACUGCAUGCAAAGAUCAGUCAGCUGCUGAUAUCGAAGCGAACUCAUCGUUGUUCACCUCCAUUUUCCUUGAUGCCUCUGAGAAAGCACUAAGGAUUGUCCUGGUAAGAGACGUCGAUGGCAAAACAUUCUGGGACGCAUUGGACGAAGCUAUUUCGCCCAGGAUCAAAGCACCAGCCGAAGCCGAUAAGCCUGCCCUCGCCAAGUUACGAGCCACGUUUGAGAACCGGCCUCUUAACAAAGGAACUGUCCUGUUCUUGACAUGGCUAGGUCCCUCUAAAAUGCAUGUCUGCGUGGAAGGCGACACGUCUUCUGGUGCAGAUGCAACGAUUGAAUCGAUGAACGUGGCUGCAGCUCUUUUCGAUGUGUUCUUCGGCGAUUCACCUGUUUCUCCCUCCCUGAAAAUGUCUGUUGCUACCGGGCUGGCAGUAGGUCACAAGUGAACAACAACACAUCAUGCCACCAUUUUUGUUAGUUUCCAAGUUCAGUGUUGCUUGUAGAGCAAGUGAAUAACCGCUUAUGCAAUUAUAUACAGUAACUAUUGUAUUCAUCGUUGUAUUGAUGCUAUUGCUCAAAUAACUAACACAUGUCUAACUAUACUUUUAGCUCAUAAUAUAUUUCAGCUCAUAUGUUAUAGGUAGCUGACAAAUUAAAAAAGGGAAUAAUUAAUCACUUUCUAAUUGGCAUCUUCUGAUAGUUAGUUAAAAAAAUCACGUGUCUGUAUCUGUAAUAAUUCAAUGAUGAACUUCCACGUUGUUGGUCUAAUCAAGAAAAUUGGGUGGAAUUGACCAAACCCGAUCCACGUGGAUCCUUUCUCUCUUCAAACAAAAGAGGUUUGGGUAAAAUCAUAAGGCUUUGUUGGAAAACGUGGUUAAUUGUUUGUUUUUUUUUAUAAUAAACGUGGUUAAUUGUUAAUUGUAAAAUUACUCGUUAAUUAGAUAGAUUGGAAUGGAGAAAGCAAUCUAGAAGGAAUUGAUGAUGAAGGCGGUGGCAACGUUGGGACGUGGAGUUCCUACCUACUUGCAUAUGAUAUUUUUGAAGUGAGACGAGAAGGAGAAAAGUACACUUCUUUCAGCCAACUAAUAUGUUGAAAGUCAAGACUAUUUGGUGAACUAUCCAACAUGAGAAAUCAAAGUGUGAUCUAUUUCCAUGAGUGAGAUGGGUAAUUGAUUUGCAACGAAAUUAUCAUUCUAACAGAUAUAAUGACUAAUUAGUUUGACUACACAUUCGAUAAAUAGAGAAUCCAUCGCAUAGCAGCAAUGUAAUGAAGGUAGAGCGUGACCUCGAUGCGCAUGGUAUAAUCUCUUUGUAAAACUACUUAAUUAUCAUUGUGACCCCAUUUCUCAAACCGUACAUUAAGAGUGUGAACGAACGUCAUUAUCUCAACUUUAGUAACAGUUUCACUUCUGAAAUUGACCUAACCCGGCUUCAAAAUAGCAAGAUAGACAUAUCCAUCUAUCUAAUUAUUUAUAAUCUUUUUUUUUUUUCAAGAGAAGAUAGAAAUAUUUUGGAUUGUAGAUUGAUGAGUAUAUAGAAGUACUAGAACUAUCUAGUUAGAGACCCAACUAACACCCACAUUGCUACACCGACAAGAUUCCACCAUCCAAAAACCCUAAAUUGAAUAAUACAUUUUUAUGGAGUGAUGGAUGCUUCCCCACAGUUUGGGACGAUGACCUCCCAACUCCCCUCGCUCGCUCACAUAUCGCCAUCUUUCCUUUUGUCAUGCUCCUUCAUUUUCCUUCUUUAUUAAUUAGUAGGUCAUACUCAUUGCUUCUUUCCUUCUAUUUAAAUCCCAAUUUCAUUUUACCUUUCUUUUUUCCUUAGCAUAUAAUAUCAAAAUGCCGACAGUGUACUUGAGCUAUACGGUCAUACCAUAAUUUGUAGGUCAUAUUUGGAAGAUGUUCAAUAAUGAAUCUUAUUUCAUUUACUAAUAUGUACGUAGUGAUAGAGAUACCAAUUGGGUCAUGGUCGGCCGGACCAUGUUUGAGUCUGGUAAUACAAGUCUAGUGGAGCUAUCGAUUAGCAUUAUAAGAUCGACUUUCUACGCGAGAUAUAAUACCUAUAGACACUGAAAUCAUGAAACGAAUCGCAUUCGAUGAAGAUGACCUGAAAACAACCCACAAGUGUGGAUCAAGUUUUAUUAGGCGAUGAAUUCAAUGGACGAUGACCCUUCCAAUAAUACUCAUAUGUGAUUAUUAUGCAUUUGAAAUACAUGCUUUUGGGGUACCCAAAAAUGGGUACUUUUCAAACAAUUUAUUUACUUAUCCACGCGUGAGGAAUUGACAUUCUCUCAUUGUUAUUUUUGUGUAUAAAAGUACACACACAUGUAAAACGGGGAAAGGGAAGCCACGUACGUAAUGAAACCUUCAUUGCAUGCAUGCGUGUUAUAUAAAGUUCAAUCCAGUUUGAAGGUACAUAACGAUUGCUUAACAUAGAAGCGGUCGACCGUUUUCUUUGUAUGAGUGUUUAGAUCCACUCGAAUUCGUUCAACAAAAAACGCUGUAUCGUGAUGUGGUGGAUGUGAGUGAGCAUUGACGGGUCAUAAUUCUUAUUGCUUGAUAUAAACACACGAUAUCUCUUUUAAAUUUUGUAAAUAAUCUAAGUAAACUAAUUCAGUUUCAUGAUGAUGGCCUAGUUAGAGUGAUGGAUAAUUAAGAAGGCCAUUACAUCAUGUGGGACACGAUAAUUGUUUACUUAAUAUAUUAAUUAACAAGUCGUGACUGUUUUGGUGAAGUCAAGUCUGAUUUCAUUAGAAAUUAGUCUCAGCAUUAUUAUGUUCCAUAAAAUUAUAAGAAUAAAUCACACAGAAAGCUAAUUAUAUACAAUCAUAAUGAGUUCCUUUGAAGUUUGAAAGAGGAACCCUAUAUAUUUUUUUCUUCUUUUAGGAUAACUACAAUAAUAAUGAAUCAAAAAGCAAUAAUGAUGCCGCAAAGCAGAAUCAAAGAUCCGUUUAUCGGGUUUAAUUGGCAUGCAACUUUCCAUAAAGGAUUGCCUGCUGCUGGUAAAAGCAUGGCUUGGUAUGUGUUAGAUUCCCAUCAUAUCAUGGAUUUAUUUGACCAAAUAAUAAUAAUUAGGCUGCCAAAACCAUGCUUUUGCCAGUAAUAUUAUGUUUGAGUUCUACCCAUCAAUGAUAUAAUUCUAUUACCCAUGGUUACCCAUUCCACCAAAUUUGCACCCAACAAUUACAUUAGAAUAACUCGAAUUGUCAAAUAACGAAAACCCUGAUUACUGUUUUUUUUUUUACUAUUCAAUUCGCUCUCACAUCAUACAACAACCGAAUACCUUCAACCCUGAUUUGAAUGUUCGGUUUGAGAUGAAUGUCACAAUACGGAUUUAAUUAAGCCAAACAACAACAACUUCACCCCACAAGCAGAUUGUAGGCCAACAAAGUUAGAACAAGUAGCCAAUAAUUCGAGCCGUUCGUUCAAUCAAAUUACAUAUAUUUGAGCUUAUUUUAGAGCUUCACCGAGAUAUCAUUUUGUUUGGAAUUCAAAUAUGAUUGGAACAAAUGAUGGAUUGUAUGACAACUUUGCCCUCACUUGAUUUGAGAGCUUUGAGAGAGCCUAGUUGAAUACAUAUCGUCAUAAAAGAAAAAAAUUUAAAAAAUGUAAAAGUAUCUU